AUGAAAAUCGAGGAGAAGGAGAGAGAGGUGAAGAGGGAGCAGUUGCGAGCACAGUCGCAGCUGAACAACCCGCGGAGCAAGGCGAAGAGGGCCAAGGCCGCAGGCAAGGGCGAGGCCAAGGUGGUGAAGAAGCGCAAGGUUUUCCGCUGCUCCUUCUGCAACAAGGUGUUCACGCGGAAGUCGAACCUCGACUCGCAUCUGAUCACCCACAGCACAGAGCGGCCCCACGUGUGCCAGGAGUGUGGCAAGUCCUUUGCCCGCUUGUCCGACCGCACCCGGCACGAGAGCACCACGCACAAGGCCACCAAGACCUUCCAGUGCCGCGGCGUGAAGAAGGACGGUGUCAGAGAGUGGGGCUGCGGCCACUUCUACUCGCGUGCCGACGGCUUGCGCAAGCACUUCAAGAGCUUUGCCGGCAAGCAGUGUCUCUACGACUUCCUCCGCGACCUCCACGGUGACACCGACGAGUUGUUCAUCGCCUUCCGCGGCAAGCCCAGCCAGCACCAGGCGGCGGUAACUGCCGAAGACGGCCCCCAGACCAAGGACACCCCCGCCACACCUACCGCCAACACCGACAUCAUGGACAACAGCACCACCUUCGACUCGCCGGAGAUGCUCCAGAACGUCGAGAAGGCCAUCCGCAACGUACGCCAGCACUGCGGCUGGUAG